AUGUACGUUUUUUCACAUAUAGAUGCAAUUGAUGAUGAGGAUGUAUUUGAUGAUGAAGCAAUUAACGAUGAAAACAACGAUGAAGAACAUUUUCAAGUUCAACCGGCGGAAGAUAAAAGCAACUUUAUUCUUGUUAAUACACGCAUUGAUUAUCAGUAUCGUUCAGACAAACUCAAUAACACGUGUUUAUAUGAUUUUGUCAGUACAUUCUAUAAGAAAAAAAUUAAUGAAACAGAUUUAAGAUAUUUAUCAAAAUCUUCUACAGCACAAGAACGACAAGAUAAUCAAAGAGGUCGACCAUCUAAUGAACGAUUUUCUUUUCAAAACGAACAUCCUCAAACAACAACACAUCUACUGAUGAAAUAUAGUGAGAUACAUGUGCCCGUUCUUUAUGGUCCUCAAAUUCCUCGACAAGAUCGUGAUGAUACUCGAGAACGAUACAAUCGUGCACUUCUCACACUUUUUGUACCAUGGCGCAAUGUAGCCGAUCUUUGUGACAUCGAUCAAACAUGGGAAGAUGCAUUCGAAUCUCGAAAUGAUCUUAUUUCUGCUUAUUCAUGGGAUAUUAUAGAAAAUAUUCAACUUUUACAUGAAUGUAAAAAAAAUCGUGAUGAUCAUCUACUUAAAGUUAUUGCCGAAGCACAAGUCGAUAAUGAUUCGAUUGAACCUAUAUUUGUACCAUCGAAUGAAGGUGCUGAUGGUGAAUACGAAGUAGAUGAUAUCGACGAUUUGAUUCAACUAAUAGGCAGUGUAGAUGAAUUUACAGCUACUGCAAUUAAUGCCACAAAAAAAUCAACAGAAAAUGUGUAUAUUCAAGAAACAAUUGAAGCUGUCGAAAAAGUUGGACGUUUCAAUCACAUGAAUCAACACGAUCAACAUAUUUCAAAUGCAGGUAUUGAUCGACAAAUUGUACCGUUUGUUUCAGCAACGUCUAAUCUAAUCAAACUUAAUUCAAAAUGGCAAGAUCAAUUGAAGAUUGAAAAAGAACGAAUUAGACGCAGUUUGAUUUCCGGCAAAGAUACCAAUGAUGAUGACAUAUUGAAUUUUGAUGAUGUAACCAACGCCGUUGUAACCGUAAUCAAUCCAUAUGAUAAUCAAACUAAUUUCGAAAAAAAUAUAUCAAUUCCUCCAGUACUCGUGGUUAAAAACAAUUACUCAACUCAAAGUAGCAUCAUUAA